CAGACAAAGGCACAGGGCAGAACCAGGAGAAGAUCAGCUUAGUUAGAAAAAGGGAUUUUUCAGCAACUGGCAGCUCACCAUGGCUAUUCCUCACUGGCUCCUCAUGUCUGCACUCUUCCUGCUGCCCCUCUUGGCACAGGUUUCAGCACAGGAACUAGGAUGUUCUGUCACUAACAACCAACCAAGCAUUCCUGAAAAUCACUGUCCUUAUGUGGUGACUACCAUCCACGUGCAGCCAGGUUACACCCUAACAAUUGAUUCCAGUUACCCCGAUGGCAAAUUCUUCACCAUCCAGGACUCCGAGCUGCAGCUGACAACGUGUGUGGACUAUGAGGAAGACCCCGUGCUGCUGCUGUACCUGAACUGUGAGAGCCCUGCUGGCCAGAGCGAUCUCUUGGAAAUCAUAGUCACCAUUCUGAACGAGAACGACAACAGCCCCGUGUUUGCACAGCCAAACCUGGCCAGGGAAGUCCCAGAGGAUACAGGAGUGGGCACAGCCAUUGUAGCCCGUGAAGAAUUAAGUGCUACUGAUGCUGACCUGGACACCAUCUACUAUGAACUCACUACCACAGUGCAGGACACAGAUGGUUAUUUUGCCAUAAGAGGAGUUAAUAACCCAGAACUUUAUUUACAAAAAGCAUUGGACUAUGACAAAUUUAAUUCGACAACGUUGCUCUUGUAUGCGAGGGACAGGCCUGUGACCAGCCCCACCAACACCACCAACACGGCCACUGCAACAAUAAGCAUCACCAUCAGGCAGAGUGACACCCGGGCACCCUGGUUCCUGCCCUGCACCCGGCUCCACAAUGACAACAGUGUCUGCAUCAGCAGCCCCUACUCCGGCAGGGUCAACAUCUCCGAGAUGUCGACAGAGCCGCUGCUCCUGGAGCCAGGGCCCAUCUAUGCUGUUGACCCUGACUACACCAUCAGUGACAGGAUCGUGUACAGCAUUGUUGGGGGGAAUACAGAUGAAGUGUUCUCAGUGGAUGCAGACACAGGGAAUCUAACCAUGAACAAAGUAGUGACUUCCCCAGAUUCCUUUCUGUUGCAAGUUAUGGCCACCCAGGCCAGCAACAUAAGGAAAUAUUCUGUAGCCACUGUAGAGAUCAAGGUCAUCAAUAAAAGCAAUUUUGCACCCUACUUCGAGAAGGAGGUCUACAACGGGACAGUGUUUGUUGGGCUGCCCCAGGGAAGCUUCGUCUACCAAGCUGCAGAUCCUUCCACCCCCCUGGUGAUAACAGCGUUGGAUCAGGAUUUCCCCGAUAAAGUGAACCCCAACAUCGAGUACUAUCUCAAAGACAGCACUGAUUUCAUUGCUACCAGGGAUGGGUUCAUCCUGACCAACACAGUGCUGCAGUCCCCAGGAACUGUGACCAUUCAGGCUGUUGGAAAAGAUGUGUUGAGCCUGCAGGAGGCAAGCACCAUUAUUGUGGUGAAGGUCAUCCUUGCCACAGCUGUAACCCCCUCUGACAAGAUGUACUCUGCUCAGGACAUGGCUAUCUUAGGGGGUGUAUUAGCAGCACUGCUCUUAAUUGCCUUAGUCUUCCUUGGAGUGCUGCUGUGGAAAUACAGUAGGUGGUAUGGAAAACCUCUCAAAUCCCUGAUGAAGAAAAAGCUCUCCAAGGAAAACUACAGGAGUUACCAGAACGAAUAUUACCAGGAAGAUGAACAGCCAGAUGUGAGCAGCGAGCAGCAUGAGACAUCAGAAACCAGCAGUGUCCAGGAAGAGACUCCUGUGCCAGAGCAGCCAGAACAUGCCUUGCACUCCUCCAGUGCAGAGGAAACAGACAAUCUCCCCAAGGACUCCAUAGCUUCCACUGUCAUCUUUGACCAGGAAGAGGAAGAAAAGGAAGAAGAUGCUGGACAGGAGAAAGAAGUGAAGUCAAUUCUCAAAACAGACAGGCACGUGGGAGAUGAUGGCUACAAAGCUGUGUGGUUUAAGACUGAUGUGGACCCUGAGGCUGGAGAGAGGGUUGAAGUGAUUGAGGACAAUGCAGCAGAUGAUGAUGAUGAUGACAGUGACCAAGACCUGCAGAAGAAUGAGGAGGAAGAAGGUUCUGACACAGAUGGUCACCACCAAGGGCUGGGAGUAUCCUUUGCCUCAGAAAGCUCGCCACCCCCAGCAGCAGAGGUGACACUCAACAUAUCUCACACAGACGCAGGGGCAGAUGACUCUGACAUAUAAUGGAAAUUGGGUACAUACCUCCAAAAAUGGGGCAAUCUCAGUUUCUUUGCUGACAUAAAGCCCAUCUUUCUGCUCAGGGAGAAACUGGAAUACAGAAGGGUGAGGUUAUCUGUCCUGCUUGUCUGAAUGCAACAAAUAAGGCCAGAAGAGAUUACAGCUAAUUUAACCCUUUAGUGAGACCUUGGAAUAUCACUUCGGAUUUUCAGGGUGAAGCAUUUUAUCUUUCCACCUUCCUGCCUGUUCCCUCUGGGUCCCUUGACAUUGCCUUUCCUAACCUGGCUGCAGGUACAGCAGAGCUGUAGCUGACCUGGCCUGGCAGCAGUGAGCCCAGCUCACAGGAGCACUGAGUUGCACAGUCCAGUGUUGUUUGAGUCUUCCCUUGAGGAUGCUGCAGCAGGGUGUCAGCAAGUCCCUCUGAACCUGCAGGUGCUCCUGUGACUGUGCAGGAGCUGACCUCAAGGCUUGGCUCUGCUCUGCUCUCCCAGCACAAGCAGCUGGAAUGUGCCACCAGGCCCUUGUCCUGCCAGCCAGGAGGCUCCAUGCUCAGGACCUGCUGUUUCCUUUGUCACUGACAAACAAGGACUCAUCACAUGUUCUUUACUGAAGGACUUUGUCAUCAAUUUUCUAUGUCAUAAACCCACUAAUUGUGCAGUACUUUAACUAUCUGCUAUGUCAGGCAAAAGAGCUCCUGAGAUACUGUCUUCAAGUGCCAAGUCAGCGUUCUGUUUCCAGGUAGCAGAGGGAGGGAAAUAUUUGAUGCUCAUGUCUGAGUUUGCACCUCCCAUCAACCAAUCUCUUCUCCCAGCUGGCAGCCAAAAGCUGGGCUGGUUUCCACCAGCUGACAGCAUGGCUCUGUGCAUUUGCAUCUUCUGAUCAUCAGCACAAGAUUUGUGCUGCUCCUGGAGAAAGAAACCAAAGAGUGACUGCUGAGAUCUGCAGGAAUGUCAGAGCACAUGUGAUUCCCGGGGAGGCUUUUAUCCUCUUGUCCCUGUCCCAGUGUUCCCGUGCUCAGCCCUGCUCUCCUGUCUCUGAGAAAUGCUGUCCUGGCCUCCUGGAUUUCAAGAGCUGUGUGUGUGCUGAAGAUCACGCCCAGGACCUGGGAAGUUUUCCUACUUCCUGCAGCAAAACUGUUUGUCCAGGAAUUACAGUGUGGUGUUGGAGAGUGGGGAGUGUGCCCAGUGUUUGCCCUAUAAAGAUUCCCUCCAGCAGCUUUGGGAUAUAUCCAGGAAGCAUUUCCCACAGGACUGUCAGCACUCUCUGCAGCUGCUCACUGCCAGCCCAACACCCCUGGCCACCAGCAAGGCUGAGGGUCGAGCCUGCCUGCCCCCCGUGCUGAUGCUGCUCAUGGCAGGGAUGAUGUGAUGCUCCUUGCUGAUGUGGAGAGAAGCUGGAGUUUUUCUCCUCUGCUCCAUUUCCUUGGUGGCUGUGCCAUGUGUGGUCCAUUGCUGUCAGUGCUCUGCUCUCUGUCUCCCCUCUGCUGCUGUGUACCCUGGAUUUCUGCUGGCACACUCAUUUAUGAGCUCCCUGCGACUGCAAUCCGGGAUCAGCUCUUGGUGCUUUCCUUCCCCUCCCCAGGGUGCUUCACACGCUCUUGGAAUGGGGCUGGUCCCAUCAAACCAGUCUUUGUUUUCUCCCAGGUCUCAUCAGUGCACACAGCCACGGGAUUUGGUGUUUUUCAGGGUUAUGGGUGUUUCAUUUCAAAGGAGGUGAUGUUUGGUAAAUAUUGUGUCUGUGGAAGCGGUGGUUGUUGUGAGGAGAAGCACAACAACACAAUAAUAAAACUUGGCAGCAGGCAAAGCUCAGCUGCUUCCAGCUAUUGCCUGUUAAAGACUCCAGAUCCUGUGUUCUUGACUCCUGUCCUUUUGGAAAGAAAUAAAGAAAAAUGUGUAAGGAACAAGAAGAAAAUGUAA